GAGUAGGUGGUAGGUGGUGGGGAGCGAGCUGAGUGGAAAGUGUGGCGUAGUCAGGUGUGUUCACUGCAGUGUUCACAGUUUACUAGUAGGCGAGUGUUCCCGUCAUCACAGCUGUGAUACGGUGCGUGGUCACUGGUUACACGGUGUGUCGCAAGCCGAGGCCGUACCGUAGUGGAUAUGUGGCUCGGGUCUGUGCUUCGGGGUGCGAGUUGAACACGUGGUGGGACGACGAGAAGUCUAUGAUCCUGGCACUGACAUGGGUUCUCACGGGGACCGGAGUGGAGUUUACCUUUGCAUCGGACACUGAGAUGUUCAAAAUUCUUCAGGCAUGAUAUGGCGCUUCUCGAGGAUUGCUUCUUCUGCAGCCUUUCUGUGGCAGCAUCCGUCAUCGGUGUCUACACCCUGGUGGCGUAUCUGAUAGCUUUCUCUAUGGAGACGUGGUGGAUUGUCAGCACACCAGUGUCUCUACCAUCUCCUGCCUAUGUACUGUGUGCGGGAUAUCUUCUCGUCUUCGUUUUCUCCGGCCUUUUGCUUCGAGGACUUUCUAUUAAGAACUCCCUGUACCUGUUGGAGUGGUUGGUGGUCGUGGCAGCGUUAUCAGUUCCAGAGGGUGUCUUGGUCUACUUUAUGAGCAUUCAUUACUGGAAUAUCCGUUCGUUGUAUGGACUGAUGGAGUUGACCUGUUGGAUAUGCAGAGCUAUUGUAAACGUAUCGGGAAUGAUUUGUGUGCAGUCUUUAUACUCUAAUUGGAGGGAAGAGAAAGAAGUUUUAAGAAGACUCCGAGAUCUUAAUAUGACACGAGUUAUACCUAACCGCAGAAACUCUGUGAGUUCCCAAGGGAAUGGUUACAUCAAGAGCCCCCUCGUGGCCCCAGUAGCAUACACACCUCCCCCUCAACUGCUCAACAACGGGGCUUUCGUCUCACCUCUGCGCAGGAGUGGAUCCAUGGUGUCGGUGGUGUCGAGGCCACCAAACUCCUCGAUGAUGAUGGCACCUCCCCCCCUCCCGCUCCCGCUACACCCCUUCCUGGCGGCCGACCCUGCCAUGAGAGUGAGCGAGUUCAACGCCUCCCAGUUCGAUCUCUCCUUGACAUCCAGCCUGCAAAGCUUCUCAGGCCUGCAGAUGAACAAGUCCUACUCGAUGAUGGAUCUGAGGAGUGUGGGCAGUGGAGGAGGGUCGGACACCCCUCGCAAGACCGCCUCCGUCAUCGACUUCCCGGUAGAGAAGAAGACUCCCACGCACACGCAAAGUCUGGACAGACGAAUCCUCAAGUUACCGGCGUACGGGAGACCCAUCCCACCGCAGAUCGAAGGGUUUUACGUCUCAGGGAGGUUGAAGAGCGCUUACUUUCCUCCGUUCAGGAGUGGCGACUUCCCCGUAGACCCGAAUUUACAGUUUGUGCAAGGCAGUGAUUUGAUUUAUAGACAAAAUAUGAACGCGUUCUACCCGAGCAAGCCCAACUCUAGGAGUAAAUAUUCUCUUGGGUCCGACUCUGAUGACUUUCAAAAGUACAGAGAUAUCGCUCUAUAGACAAGCCUCACUUGAACUGAUGUAAUAGUAAACACGGGUGCUCAAAAACCUCUAAUAUAUUUUGUUUUGUUAAUUAUAUAGAUUUUAUCGGUAUGUAAAUAUGUAUUAUGUGUGAAUAAUUAUAUUAUUAAAUCCCCCC